UAAUACGUUUGCUUAAUAUCUUGUCGAUUGUUUCCAUGGCUUUACCCUCAAAAGUGUAGCCAUUUUUGGUUUGUUGAUUCAACUUGGAUAAGCUUCGUCUGAGUUGUGGUUGAUACAAAUACGCCUAGUGUGUAUACAAUCUUUUCUUCCUUUUUGGUAACUACGUAAUUUUAUUUUCAUUCAAAAUUUAUAAGAUAUUUGAAGUAUCGUGUUACCUUAGAUUCAUUGAUAGUUAAGGAGAUGUUGUAUUUAUCUUCAUAUCCGUAUGCAUAACAUGAUCAAAUAUGGCCUCUAGAAUGCAGAAUCGGUCGUAUGCGCAUAUUUCAAACCGUUUUAUCGGUUCACACCAGGUUCAGUCAUUCUCCAUUUGAGUCUAUCAACGAACAUUUUGGAAAUGGAUCUGGACUUUGUAGUUUUCUGGUCAAAGACUUCGAUUGUAUUAAAAACUCUACUUAUGGAGCUUAUUGGAAGAAGAAUUUAUUUCGAAUUAUAAUGGUUUUCAGAUUAUUAAUAGUUUAAUAGAUUUAACAAAUAUUUUCUCUUUUUAUCCUUUACAGAAUAGUUAAUAAUUUUAAAGAUUUUCAUGCUUUUAAACUAAUUAAAUAUUAAAAAUUUAUAUAAAAUAUAUUUUUUUAAUAAUAUAUCUUUUAUUAUGUAAAAUAAACUUGAAAACAUUCAUAGAUACAUAAAAUUAUAUACAUGGAUUUAUAUUUAUUUUAAAAAUAUUAUGAUGUAUAAUAUUUUUGGAUAAUGUAAAAUAUAAAACCUUUUUAGAUAAUGAUGAUUAUCAAACUAAUAAAAUUCAUUUUUACUUUAUGGAUAAUUAUAUAUUAACAAUUUUUUUUAAAAAAAUAUCACAAUAAGUGAUUUUGAUAGUCUUAAAUAAUUUAAAAUAAUGAUUCAUUAAUCAAAAUCAUAAAAACAUGACAAAUAAACAAAAUACCUAAAAUCAUGGAGAGAGCAUGGCACAAAUUUAAUUCUCAAAUAAUAAAAUUUGUAAACAUAUAUAUUAUCAAUCCAAAAACCAUUAGAAUAAAUAUAACUACAUAAGGAAUUUAACUACAUAACUUUAAAAUAUUAUGGGACUAGAGCUGACAUUGUUUUGUUUUAUUUCUUUUAACUUUAGCUAGAUUACAUAUCUGUAAUAUAAUAAAAAAUGAUAUGUACGAUUAUGUUUCAAAAAAAAAUCUGUAGGAUUGUAUUUUAAAUAAAUUGUUUAUAUUUAAGAUUCAUAUUUAUCUCAAAAAGUUUUUCAUCCUUUUUUUUUUCAGUUUUGGAUCAAAGAAGUAAUCAUAUAAGGAACCUCAUCCCCUGUUGUAUUGAAGUCUUCUAUCUUACAAACCCCUAACACCUCAGAAAAACUUUCGUGAAUUCUUCUCUUAAGUAUAUCUUUUCUCCGUAGAUCUUUGACUCAUCCGUUAAUAUUUCUUUGCUUUCUGCUUUGGUGACUUUCUUGUUAAAUAAUAUUCGUUAGAACCCUUGUAAUUUUCUGCACUUACUUUUGAGUCUUGUGUGCUAACGAGAAUUGUACUUUUUAUUGUUUUUCCAGAUGUCGAUACAAAUCUUUAUUAAGAUUUUUACAGGCAAGACCUUAACUCUUGAGGUCGAAAGCUCGGACACCACUUGCAAAGUCAAAGAAAAGAUACAAGAUAAGGAAGGAAUCCCUACAUACCAGCAGAUGCUUGUCUUUGAAGAAGAGAUGCUUGAGGAUUGCCGUCCCUUGGCUAUUUACAAUAUCCAAAAAAAUUCAACCCUCCACAUGAUUCUCAGGUUCACAGGUAUGAGAAUCUUCGCAAAUAUUUUUGAAGGCAAGGCCAUAAUGCUUGAGGUCAAAAGCUCAGACACCAUUGACAACGUCAAGACAAAGAUACGAGAUAAGGAAGGUAUCCCCAACUACCAGCAGAUGCUUUUUUUUGCCGGGAAUAGCCUUGAGAAUGACCGUACGUUGGCUAGUUACAAUAUCCAGAAAGAGUCAUCUCUCCACUUGAUUCUCAGAUGUAGAAUGCGAAUCUUCGUAAAUAUGUUUGACAAGACCAGAAUAACCCUUAAGGUCAAAAGCUCAGACACCAUUGGCAACCUCAAGGCAAAGAUACAAGAUAAGGAAGGAAUUCCUAUCGAAAAGCAGAGAUUGGUCUUUGCCGGACGUAUUACGAAUGAUGACUAUACCUUGGCUGAUUACUGUAUCAAAAGGGAGAAUACUCUUCACAUGGUCCUCAUGUUGGGAGGAAUUAUGAAAAUCUUUGUUAAGACUUCUACAGGCAAAACCAUAGCCCUUGAGGUCGAAAGCUUAGACACAAUUGACAUGGUCAAGGCCAAGAUCCAAGAUAGAGAGGGAAUCCCUCCGCACCAGCAGAUGUUGUUAUUUGCCGGUAAACAGCUCGAGGAUGGCCGUUUGGUGGAUAACAGGAUCUGGAAUGAGUCAGUCCUACAAGUCCAGCGUGUAAGUGGUGGAAUGCAAAUAUUUGUGAAAACACUCUAUGAUAAAGUCCUUACCUUAGAAGUUAAGAGCUCAGACACCGUUUACCGUGUAAAGACAAAGAUUCAAGACACGGAAGGAAUCGCACCAGACCGCCAGAUACUCAUAUUUGCUUGUAGACAACUGGAGGAUGGUUACAGGCUUGCAGAUUAUAACAUCCAAAAGGAGUCAACACUUCACCUUGUGCGUAUUUUCACAUAAAAUAGACUUUAAUCUAUUCAUUUUUUUUCUUUGUUUUUAACUUAUUAUAUUGGAUUUUUUUUUCUUACGGGCACGAAUUCAAAUUUGUUUUUCACUAAUCUGAUGAUCACCUAAUUAAGAAUGACUAAAACACAAAAUAGAAAAACCGAGAUACCCCUUGGUAAGGAAUCAGCCUCGUGAUAUGAGGGAGAAUAAAACUCCGGCGAUAAGGGCGACUGGAUUGCCAAGCAUGGCGGAGGUGACAAACAACACGGCCAUUCCUUGACUCUGCGUUUCCUGUUAGGACUCAAACUAUAUCAACUCUUAAUAUCUAUUCUAUUAAAACAACAACCAGUUGAUAAAAUGUUAUGUCCAAUUUAUAAUUUCAACAAUACAUAUUUUUAAUAUAACUGCAACUAAAUAUAUAUAAUUUUCAUGUAACCUAUUCUAUUAAAACAACAACAUGAACAGUUGAUAAAAAAGUUAUGUCCAACUUAUAAUUUCAACAAUACAUACAUUUUUAAUAUAAUUGCAACUAUAUAUAUAUAUUUUUAUGUAACCACCACUUAAAUUGCCUAAUAAUCGGCAACCAUUUUUUGUAACUGCAUCCAUAUAUCUUUUUUUUUUAUGUAAUCACCACUGUUUUUAUUGUUUAAAACUAGGUUGCAUUGAAACGAAAACGGAUACGUUGAAUCGAAACGUUUUGAAACGUGGAAACGUGAUUUUUGAUUUUAUAUGCUUUAGAAACAUUUAAGAAACGUCUAUAAAUAUAUAUAUAUAACUGAUUAAUAUUUGCAUUCAUUUUUAUUAUAUUUACUAUAUCUUAGAAUGCAAAUAAACAAAUAUCCAUUAUAUUUAAUCAUACGAAAAAAUAAGUCAUUAUUAAACAUCAAAAUCAUAUAAAAAUUUCAAAAUAACAAAAACCCAAUACUUAAAUGUUAAAUAGUUUAACUAAAAUAAAAAUCAUAACAACAAAUCAUAACUAAUUGGAAAGUUUUAGCGUUUCCAGAACAGAAACGCGAGUUUCCAAAAUAGAAACACAAGUUUCCAAUAAGUUUUCAAACUGAGAUUUUUAAGAAACAAGUUUCCAAUGCGUUUCUACGAGUUUCCGAAAGAUUCUGAUUCCGAAACGUGAAACGUACCUUCAACCGAGUUUCCAUGCAACAUAGGUUCAAAACAUACCAAUGUUAAUUAUAGGGUUAAAUUUGUAUUUUUAAAAGCUAAGGUAUAUUGGGACAAAAUCAAUGGAUUUAAAGGUUUAAGGGGAAGAAUCCUUUUCAAUAUGGUUCAAUUGGCCAUUAUUUUUCAAAUUUGAACUCAUUUUAAGUUUAAAUCAUUAGAGAUGCCCUGAGCUUUAAUUUAUAUCAAGUUUCCAUAAUUUCUUCUUUUUUUAAUUCCUGGAGCCUGAAGAAUCUUUUUUCAUAAUUCUAGAUUCUACAGUUUUAAGUUUAUUUUGCACCCCUUUAAUGGUUUUAUUAUUUUUGUUUCAAAUGUGUUUCUCCUUACAAAGAUACAACACUUUUGUGUGUAUGUAUUUUUGUUAUGUAAAACUGGAAUCCCCCCCCCUCCCUAAAAAUACCUCACAAUGGGUUUGAAAUUUCUCUUCCUGGUGAACUCGUUGUUAGGUUAACCUUUUAUCAAUACGGCUAAGUUGGCCGGUAAAAAUAAAGAAAGGUCAAUUAUUAUCUUUGGUUUGACCUAUAUAUCAACCGAAAAGUAAACAUUUUAUCUAAGUUGCAUGGAAACUCGGUCGAAGGUACGUUUCACGUUUCGGAAACGUUUCGGAAUCAGAAUCUUUUGGAAACUCGCGGAAACGCAUUGAAAACUCGUUUCUUGAAAAUCUCAGUUUGGAAACUUAGUGGAAACUUGCAUUUCUAUUUUGGAAACUCGCGUUUUUGUUCAGGAAACGCUAAAACUUUUCAAUUAGUUAUGAUUUGUUGUUAUGAUUUUUAUUUUAGUUAAACUAUUUAAUAUU